AGUCCUUUACCCUUUGCGGAUUUUCUUCAUCUUCGGAGCGUAAUUAUUCCAAAAACCAUGGGCCUUCUCGACAAGCUCUGGGACGACACCGUGGCUGGCCCUCGGCCUGAGAACGGCCUCAGCAAGCUCCGGAAGUACAACACCUUCGGUGGCCGGACGAGCGCAGCCAAAGAAUCGGACGGUGGGAGCGGGAGAUCGUACGGCGAGGAUUUAUCCGACGACGCCGUGAGGGUUACGAGGAGCAUAAUGAUCGUUAAAGCCGCCGGAAAUCCGUCGCCGGGGAACGGAUCGCCGCCGUCUUCGCCGGCCGGAUCUACCCCUCCUGUCUCUCCGUUUUCAGGUGGGGGGAGAGAUCCGAACCGUUUUCGCAGAAAAUCGACGUCUGAUGCUUUUGCCAGAGAGAGUGGAUCCAGAAUCCCUUCUCCUCCUCAUGACGUGUGACCUUUGAACUUUGUACUGCUAAAUGCAGAUAGCAGUUUGAGAAGAAUACACAGAAAGAGUUAAGCAUGAUGUGAAAGAAGAAGAGUCAAAUGGACGGUCAGAAGUGUUUGUUAUUAUACGUGCGUAAGUAUGUACGUGUGCAUGUAUUUACGUAGUCAUGUGUAUAUCUAAAGGUUGUGUUGUUUGACUUCUGUGAUGGUGUUUCCCAAAAAAAGGUAGGGUAUUUGUAGGGCAUGCGCCAGUGGCUUUUUUGUAAUAUAUACUAUAACAGCUGCGGAUUGGGUGUGUUUGGAAAAUGGAAUGGUUGAGAUGUGUUUCUAAAA